CACCUUUUUAACCACAAACCGAAUUUUCGUUCAUUUAGACCAUAUAUACUUUUUAAAUUGCCCCCAAAGUUGUAGGAUUUUUUCUGCGCGCAUUUCGCCCUGGAGCGGUACGCGAUGCUCUCUCACGCCGACCUCCUGGAUGCUCGGCUCGGUGAGUUAUCAUCUGUAAACUCCGGCCCUAAACUCCAGUGGAUGAAGGAUGCUGCGGAGUUGCUCGGGCACCGGGAGGCUCUCAAGUGCCGGCUGGGUGGUGGGGUGCCAGACCAGGGGCACCCGGGAGACAUGGCUCCUGGUUCAGACUCGGUAGAGGGAACCACUCUCCUGCCGGGAGAAGACAUCACCACAGUCGGAACCAACUCAGCCGGCAUGACGGUGAACGGCAAGGAGCAGGAGAAGCAGCAGCAGCAGCCGCAGCAGAGCUCCAGUCAGUCCGCCAGUCAGCAGAAACAGAAACGGCACCGGACGCGCUUCACGCCGGCGCAGCUGAACGAGCUGGAGCGUAGCUUCGCCAAAACCCACUACCCUGACAUCUUCAUGAGGGAGGAACUGGCGCUGAGGAUCGGCCUCACCGAGUCCAGAGUUCAGGUUUGGUUCCAGAACAGACGCGCAAAGUGGAAGAAAAGGAAGAAGACCACCAAUGUGUUCCGCGCCCCGGGGACGCUGCUGCCAACGCCGGGCCUGCCACAGUUCUCGGCCAUGGAGAACAGCCUGUGCUCCUUCCACGCCAACGACUCGCGUUGGGCCACGGGGAUGCCGGGGGUCUCCCAGCUGCAGCUGCCGCCCGCGCUGGGUCGUCAGCCGGGCAUGGCGCAGUCCCUGUCACAGUGCAGCUUGGGCCCGGGCCCGCCAUCAAAUUCCAUGGGUCUCUCCAACGGCCUGUCAUCCAACGGCUCCGGUCUGCAGUCCCACCUCUACCAGACGCCUUUCCACGGAAUGUCGGCCUCUCUCUCCGGCCCCACGAACGUAACGGGCUCCCCGCAGCUGUGUAGUUCCCCGGACAGUGACAUGUGGAGAGGGACAAGCAUCGCGUCACUGCGGCGCAAAGCACUGGAGCACACAGUGUCCAUGAGUUUCACUUAGUGACCCCCCCUCCCAGCCUGUGGCCCCCUUUCUGUUCCCCCCUCCUCUGCUAUUUAGACCAACACGAGAGAACGAGCGAGCUAAUCAGGACUUAAAUGUGAGAAAAUGGAGACUGACUUCAUCUAGACGUAAUGACAGAAAGAAAAAGGACAACACUGAUGGACAAAUGGAAGAAAAAAAAGUAACUUGAGUUUGGGGUUAUUUAUCUUGUUAUCUCGAAAGGAUUUUAUCAAAUAUUGAUAAUAAAUACUAUUGUAAUGAUCUCUAGACUAAAGGCCCUAAUUACCGAGAGCCAAACAAUCGUCGUAUUUACGUUUUCAUCGAGUGCGUCUUUACGCGCACGUGUUAUUGUGUUCAGGUGAAGUUGUGUUAUGUCAAACGGUUAUUUAUAAGAUUGGGUAUACGUUUUGGUAAGAGCCUACACACAUGCACCAUACUUUAGGUGGGCCUAUUGAACUGGGUCUCGGGCAUGCCAUGCUCUGUGCAUGUGGAUUUAAACGCUUGGAUAAUUUGAGGAGAAAAUGGUUCCCACUCAGAUUGAGAUACUUUUUAAGGCGACCUCAGUCUCGUCUGCAUGAGACGGGAGCAUAAAUCUAAAGAGGAAAAAAAAAUACAAAGAUCAUUUCAGUAGGCCUACUAUGUUUUAGGAUGUUUUGUGUAGAUAAAACAUUCUUGCUAUGUACCCGCUGGUCUUUUUGUGACAUGUUUUAACUUAUUGUAUGUGCUAUUACUUGACACAUUUCUUAAAUGUUUGAUCUUACAUCGAAAUGCACCAAGUUGACGGGUUUGU